AUGGAGCCAGGCGCCUGGGGGAACAGGACAACUGUCACUGAGUUCAUCCUUCUUGGCCUGACAGAAAACGUAAGACUGAAACCCAUCCUUUUUGUCGUCUUCCUCUUUGCCUAUGUACUCACCAUAGGGGGCAACUUCAGCAUCCUGGCUGCCAUCUUUGUGGAGCCCAAACUCCACACUCCCAUGUACUACUUCUUGGGGAACCUAUCUCUGCUGGACAUUGGAUGCAUCACUGUCACUGUCCCUCCAAUGCUAGCAUGUCUCCUGCCCCCCCAGUGCAGAGUCCCCUACGCUGCCUGCAUUUCACAGCUCUUCUUCUUCCACCUCCUGGCCGGUGUGGACUGUCACCUCCUGACAGCCAUGGCCUAUGACCGCUACCUGGCCAUCUGCCAGCCCCUCACCUACAGCACCCGCAUGCGCCGUGAAGUCCGGGGUGCCCUGGUGGCCAUUUGCUGCACUAUCUCCUUUAUCAAUGCUCUGACUCACACAGUGGCUGUGUCUGUGCUUGACUUCUGCGGCCACCAGCUCUCCUGCUCCAGUAUCCACCUCAAUGGGCAGCUGCUUUUUGUGGGGGCCACUUUCAUGGGGGCGUUCCCCAUGAUCCUCAUCUCAGUGUCUUACGCCCACGUCACAGCUGCAGUGCUACGAAUCCGUUCAGCAGAGGGGAGGAAGAAGGCCUUCUCCACGUGUGGCUCCCACCUCACCGUGGUCUGUAUCUUUUAUGGAACUGGCUUCUUCAGUUACAUGCGUCUGGGCUCAGUGUCAGCCUCAGACAAAGACAAAGGGAUUGGGAUCCUCAAUACUAUCCUCAGCCCCAUGUUGAACCCACUCAUCUAUAGCCUCCGGAACCCUGAUGUGCAGGGCGCCCUGAAAAGGGUGCUGAUGGGGAAGCAGCCUCCUGAAUGAGAAGGCAGGGCAUCGAAAUACCCCUCCCUCCUAGAGCACCCCCUGACUUUCCCAUGCUGAAUGCAUGAUGUCGGUCACAGGUGUCUUCAGGGGUGGGUUGAGGGAUGGGAGGAAAGUAGAUACUAUGGACCAGAGUAGAGGAUGGUUUAUCUUGGAUUAGGGAGAAAAGCUAAAGCUGGUAGGAGAUGGAUUAAAGUCAGGUGGGAGAAAAUUAUAAUGUGGGUCAGGAAAUGGGACACAAAUCAACUCUUUAAGUUCAGUGAGUGUUCAGCUGAAAUAUAUUUAAAAUGCUAAUAAAAGCAAAAUGUUUGUACCCUCCACUCACCUUUUAAGACAAAAUACAUUCGUACCAGAGUAGGGGGUGUGGUUUUUAGAAGAUUCUUCUUCAGGAAAUAAACCCAGGACUGUGUCAUUAAAUUGAGGUUUGACGUAGCCUAGGAGGGGGCAUUGGGACCUGUCCGAACACCCUGCCAGCGUCUUCUUCAGAGCAACGUUGCCACAUGCGGGCUCCGCAAACCAGUGCCCCCAUCCUGAGUAAUCGUUAGUGGGAACACCACAUUUUCAUGUCCGUGUGCGAACUGACUCUCACAGCUCCUGCACCAAAAAUGUGAGGACGGAGCAUGUUUCAGGAGAAGGAGCACUCAGAAUAGUAAGGCGCCCCUCUCAAAGUCCAACAAACUCAUCCUGAUACGAAAUUGUAGGACACAGCUGGGGCAACUUUUGGUGAAAUGAAGGUACUAUGGACAUUUUCAGGCCAAAAAAGAAGGAGGAGGGGGGCAAUAUGAGGAAGAUACUGGAUAUGAAAGAAAAAGAACCCACUGUUUUUGAUGAAAUAAAGGCAAUCACUGAGUUUGCCAUAAAAGAGCAACACUUUCCGAACCGUGUGAACUGAGAGAAUCCUGCCUGAAGCUACAGCCAAAGAAGAGUCUCCUGCCUGCAGAGAAUUAGGAAGAGAGCAUUUAGUUCGCAAAGCUGAGCACAGAGCACCAGGGUGUGAAAUCCCGUAACACCCAGAAACCGGGAUCCACUUAACUUAGAGCACGCGACAGGGGAGGGGUAAUAAUAAACAAGUCAUCAUGUGCUAUGACAAAGUGGUUGUCUUUAAUUCAUGUUCUGAAGCGCAUGGUUUUUUUAGGCCUGCCUUUAGAUA